AUGUAAACAGAACUGCUGUCACUGGAUCCAGAAAUAAAGACAAUAUCUACCAAACGAAGCGGUUUUAAAAGAUAUUUUGCUUUUUAUGCACAUCGAGGGACAUUUCUAUGAGAAACUGGUGAAUAUUCUAAUAAAGGUUUUCCAGGGACAGGAGUGACACCGUCCUGCGAUGUUCGCAGACAUGGACUAUGAAUUGGAGGAGGACAAACUGGGGAUACCAACAGUACCUGGUACUGUGUGUCUGAAGAAAGACACUAAUAACCUUAUUGGGAUCAGCAUUGGUGGUGGGGCACAGUACUGUCCUUGUCUCUACAUUGUCCAGGUCUUUGAUAACACCCCAGCCGCUCUGGAUGGGACACUGGCAGCAGGCGAUGAAAUCACAGGCGUGAAUGGGAAACCAGUCAAGGGGAAGACUAAAGUGGAAGUGGCCAAGAUGAUUCAAGCUGUCCAGGGAGAAGCAACAAUCCACUACAACAAACUGCAGGCAGACCCGAAACAGGGGAAGUCUCUGGAUAUAGUGCUGAAAAAAGUCAAACAUCGGCUGGUAGAGAAUAUGAGCUCCGGCACAGCAGAUGCUCUCGGACUCAGCAGAGCUAUUCUCUGCAACGAUGGACUCGUCAAAAGACUGGAAGAGCUGGAGAAAACGGCAGAGCUCUACAAAGGACUGAUGGAGCACACAAAGAGGCUGCUGCGAGCUUUCUUUGAGCUCUCUCAAACUCACAGAGCGUUUGGGGAUGUGUUUUCUGUCAUCGGGGUACGAGAGCCCCAAGCUGCCGCCAGCGAGGCUUUUGUGAAGUUUGCUGAUGCUCACCGCAACAUUGAGAAAUAUGGCAUUCAGCUGCUGAAGACCAUCAAACCUAUGCUCCACGAUCUGAACACCUACCUUCACAAAGCCAUUCCAGACACGAAGCUCACCAUCCGCAAGUACCUGGAUGUAAAGUUUGAGUAUCUGUCGUACUGCCUGAAGGUGAAGGAAAUGGAUGAUGAAGAGUACAGCAGUAUUGCCAUGGGCGAGCCCCUGUAUCGUGUCAGCACCGGUAACUAUGAGUACCGCCUGGUGCUGCGCUGCCGGCAGGAGGCUCGAGCCCGCUUCGCCAAAAUGAGGAAGGACGUUCUGGAGAAGAUAGAGCUGCUCGAUCAGAAACAUGUCCAGGACAUCGUGUUCCAGCUGCAGCGCUUCGUCUCGGGCAUGUCGCAUUACUAUGACGAGUGCUACGCCGUCCUGAAGGAGGCCGACGUCUUCCCCAUCGAAGUGGACCUCUCCCGCACCAUGAUCAACUACAGCAGCCAGUCGCUCUCCUCCUAUGCUGGAGAUGAGGAGGACGAGGAGGAGGGAAGAGGAGGAGAGGAAGGAGGAAGCAGCGCAGGCAUACAAGCAGAGAACGGCGCUGAGAAACUGAUCGAUGACGAAUGAGAGUGUGUGCGUGUGUGGAUGACACUAAUGUCACAAAAGUGGAAAAACUACUGAAAAUUGAUGCUGUAUGUUGGUGUUUCGGUGGCGUUUCCUUGCCGGGAUUCUCUAAAAUCAGCAGCUUUGUUAUUAUUUUACUGUAAAAAAAUGUUGACUGCCAGCUUUGAUGUUUCUCUCCUCCACAAUUAAGGUCAUUGCUUAAUGGUGGAGAGAGACACAACUAACAGAAGUCACCUUUAUUUUGAUCUGAAUGUUGUGGAUGGGUUUUAAUGUGGCAGAGUGGGGAUUAUAUGCAUACAUGGUGUGCCUUCUUAGCUCUUAAUGAAGUUUAAUGGCUGUGUGUCAGUGUGUGUAUUCUGAUUGAGUUGAUAUGUACUUUUUUCUGUGCUACGAACUUGUCAUGUUUUGGACAGGCAUUUAUUUAGCUACUUAAAAUGUUAUUUGAUGGAUAAAUGUGGACUGCGUGAAGGUGUUUUUUUGGCCUGCAGUUGACGAUCAUUUUCCUUAUCAAUUAAUCUACUGAUUAUGUUCACGAUUAAUCGAAAAAUGCUCAUUAAUCAUCAAUUUCCCAGACCCCAAAGUGAUCAGCUGACCAAAAACAGGCCAAAACCCAAAGACUCUUUGUUUUCUAUCAUAAAUGACAAAGGAAAGCAGCAAAUCUUUACAUUUAAGAAGCUUGAACCAGCAAAUCAGUUAUCAAAAUGACUAUUAAUUUUCUUCCGAACCUAUUGAUCAACUCAUCAUUGCAGCUCUAGUGUUGUUGAAGAUGAUGACAGACACCCUCAUGUAGCUAUUACACUCCUUUCAUUCCUUGUUUCUUUUUCUUUUUCUUAGUUAGUUGUCCCACGAGGGAGGGCUCGCAUUUGAUACACAAAAUCUUGUUCUGUUUUUUAAGAUCGAUUUAAUCUGUUUCACCUGCGCAUGUGUGCUUCAGGUUAAAAGGUGUUAUUUUCUUGUCACAGUGGCCUGCAUUGCUCGCUUCCCCUCAGCAGCAUGUUUUUUCACCCCAGCAGUCUGGCAGUGUUUGUGUGGAGGAUGAGGAAGCUAAUGGACACACACAGCCUCACAGAGCUUUACCACUGUGUGGAAACAGUUAGAAAAAUGCAUGUUAAUAGGUAUGUACAAAGGGAAAGCUUGUAAAAACUCUGGUUGUAUUGUCAUUCCUACUUUAUUUAUUCUUUUUGUCUAAAUAUAUAUGUAUAUAAAUAUAUAAGUUUUAUUGAGCCAGAUUGAUACUAUAUUAUAGAAAAUAUAUUUAUUGUCUUAGGGGAUGACAUGAUUUACUGUAGGAACAUUCACUUGGGGGCAGCAUCACAUCAGACCACGCUGUCCAGCAGUCAGUGAAUAGACUGAAAAACAUUUUUUCGUGUAUUUUGUUUUUCUGCAGAACUGGAAUGUAAUGAACCAGAAGGACUUACUGUAUGUUGUUUUUUCUUCAGUUCAUAGACACCUUCAGUGUACUGGCUAAAAUGAUUAUUUCAAUGAUUAUUAUAUUGACUAUGAUAUUAAAAAAUUACCACAAA